GUACUCGUAUGAAAAUGUUUCUUUUGAAAAUAUGGAAAAUUUUAUUUAAAAAUAAUCUCCAACGAUUUAGUGUGAAAUUUAAAGUGAAACGAAUAUCUCAAACCACAUGAAAAUAAUAUAAAAAUUAAUGUAAAAAAUUUUAAAAAUAUGAAGCUAAAAAAUUGUUUAUUGCUAUAGUAAGGAAGUAAUUCUAAAGUAAGCUCAAAAUUGCUUAAAGAACUUUUAAUAACUAGUGGGAUUUGAUCAAAUCGUGUGAAAAUCACAAGCUGUAUCAUACAUUCAUAUGUAUAUAUUGAGCAAGCACUCAACUCAAUAUCGAUCGUGCUGUGUGAUCACAAUCGCGUGAAUGUCCGUUGUGAAAUGUGGAGUGUCAAAUUAAAUUGAAAUGGCUGACUUUUCUUGGAAUUAAUAAAAAAAUAAAUAUAAAAUACGAAAUGUGAAUUAAGUGGUUUCUUGCUUUUCAUUAUACUGCAUGACGUUAGUUCCAAUAUAUGCCUCGGCCAUUUUUUGACAGAUUGAGAUUUUGCAGAGAAAAAGUGUUGCAUUGUUGGUAAAAUUGAAAUAUCUAAUCAACGCGCUUUCAAUCGCCAUUGAUCACAUGUCGAGUGUAAUUUAUUUCAUUAUUUCGUACUCUUUAUUCUUAUCAGCCAGCUGCAGAGCAAGAAAAAACCUUUACAAUGAAAUGAGUUUUAUUAAUAAUUUAAUACAUACAUACAUCUAAGCAAAUAUUGAUGUAUUGUAACAGAUGAGGACAAAACUUGGCUCGAUUUAAUUUCUACUUCGAAAAAUCGGGUCUCAAAAACCAGUAUGCGUGCGGAGGCAGCUUAAAAAUGUAAACAUGCUUUCAACUACACAUGCGACAUGCAUGUGGCUAUGAGGCAUUUGGACUCGAACAGGUCGAAAAGUUUCUGGUACCGAAGGAAUAAUGAGGUUUACAAAAACAAUGCAUGCGCUUGUGAAAAAACGAAUACAUACUGUACAUACUGACGUGUGAAUAAACAAAAACAAUUGACGUAUGAGUAAAAACCAACAAACUGAACGCGCAUGCGCAAUGCGCAGAACACGCAUACUACCGCGCAUUUGCGCUUACGCUUGCACACCCGCGCACACAGACGCAACACACGAACGCUUAUCGCUGAUGCGACAACAAAGUUAACCAACAACCAACGACGAUAUCAGCGACAGUGGCGGCGGCGGCAGCGGCGGCGACGUCUAUCAAGCGAUAAGAUAAGGAACUCACACAUACACGCCAACUCACCUGGAGUGGUCUUUGUCGCAAAUAAAUCAUAAUUCACACAUGCACAACGCUCCAGCACAAACACUCGUGCAGCCGACACACACAAACAAACAAACAAACGUAAAUAAAUGUGUGGUUCAAGCGAGAAAUAUGCGGCUUCCCGCUACUCGACCGCAAUAUGUGUAGCAGUGUGCCUUUGCAACGUGUCCGGCGGUUCUAAGAGAUGGAAGCACAGGCACAGCAACAAUUGCCGCAACAGCAACAGGUACUGGCCAAACAAGCGCAACAACAAGCACAACAACAGGCGCAACAACAGGCGCAACAACAAGCACAACAGCAGCAGCAUUUAUUAUCGAACAUCAAAACGGAAGUGAAUAGCGGUGAUUCGCAGUUGCCAACUGUGACAACAACAACAUUGCAGGCACAAAAGACCGCUGCUGAGGAACAACAGCAAGUUGCGCAGGACUUGAAUCAAACACAAUCUGUACAGCAACAGCAAACAGCUGCACAACAACAACAACAUAUCUCUAGUCAAUCAAAGCCACUGACGCCUAAUCAAUCUCAAGAGCAAAAACAACAGUUACAGCAGCCACCGACAAGCGUGGCCACAUCGGCUGCAUCGAUUACCGGCGCUCAACCAACAUCUAGUGAGGAAUACAGCAUACCGCUACCGCGCAACACUCAACAGCGACGAAUAUUGACCACAGCGGGCACAUUUGAGGAAAACGACAAUCGUGACGCUGAUCAGCCCGACUCACAGUCCGAAUUUCAUCAUCAUCAAUCCCCCGCCAAUUAUGUGGUAAUGGCACCGCGCAAUGAAGAGCAUCCACCGCCCGGCACCGCCGUCUACACGUACACAACCACAGAGAAUGGUCAACAGAUUAUUUGCACCGAAACUGGUGCAGCCAUCAAACUCGAAGACAUCGAAAAGGAUCAACAGGCUGGUGCAGACGCACAACAACAUCAUCAGCAGCAAAUGCAGCAACAGCAACAACAACUUUGUACGCCACCAGGCAGUGGCUACGGUGAUACGAUUGUUGUAUCCGCCGCAGCAUUACACCAACAUCAAAAUCCACAUGGCGUCAUCAACGCCUCGACACACGGCGGACAUCCAGGAGCGCAACUGCGUUUCGAUCCCGACGAGCGCUACAGUAAUGUGCUACAGGACAAUGAAAACGUACAGACUAUCUAUUAUAAUCCCUCGGUGGUCGACUCAGGUGCACAUCCUGGUGAGUCAAAAACGUUUACAGAUCUUGGCAAUACCGAAUACUAUUCGAGUCCACCCACAUACGCAUUGCCACCGCCUAAUAAUGGUCUAUACAGUGUUUCGAGUUCGACGCAGUUGAUUUGUAAAUCCGAUCCAAAUUUAGGUGCCAUGCGACAGCCGGGACAAUUUCAGUCCUUAAUGGAAUCGGGCGUACAGGAGCAGUCGAUGUGGGCACCAUCAAGUGUCGAGUUCUCCGGAUAUAAUACAUAUCACCAUCAGGUAGUUGAUGACUACGGCACCGGCAAUAUGACCACGACCCACUGGCCAGGUACGGGACCAAUCACAGCUUACGAGGCAUCGCUUGUACCGACUGUCUACGAGUCACCCAAGUGUGAGAACUGUGGCGCGCUUUACAUGCGGAAAGGAAAUGAUUUUUACUGUCCUACGGGUUGUAAUCAAUUGCGACCGACCCAUGUGCGUGUACCGACACGUCAAACCAAACCGAAAAUACCAGCCAAUACCAAUAAUCGACGUACGGGCGUCACGUGCGCCAACUGCAACACUACGACGACAACGCUUUGGCGACGCAACAACGAAGGCAACCCUGUAUGCAACGCUUGCGGCCUGUACUUCAAACUGCACAAUACGAAUCGGCCGCAAUCAAUGAAGAAGGAUGGCAUACAGAAACGUAAACGUAAACCAAAGAAUAACGGUGGCAUGCCGUCCAUGAAACCACUACCAUUAAAUGACUACUCACACACAGCAUUGUCGGGCAUGACGCAGAAUGUGGCGCUGAUGGCACCUAACGGUACGAUUUACCCCUCGCAAGUGUCAGCCUUAAGCUUGCCGAUGAAUGGUGGUGUCGGCGCGGGUAUUAUUGGUGGUGGCCAACAAUCGUUGCCCGGUGAAAUACGCGAUAUGUCGAUAAAUGGUAAUGGCAGCAGUGCGUCAGCUGGCUCAGUACCCUCCGGUGGGGUUGGUGGCAGCGUUGUUGUGGCGAGUAGCGCGGGGAGCUCCGUAACCGCCACCGGACCACGCAACGUAUCGAUUGUACAACACGUGACUGGCGACAGUCACUCACCGUAUAGCAAUCCACCAUCGCAAAGUCAAUCACCGCACUUAUCCAAUCCAUCGCCGCUAAAUCGACAACCAAUCGCACAAAGUGUGCAACCCAUCGAAGCGACACGUGCAACAAAUGGUGAGAUACCGACCAGCGUCAUAACGCGCACUGGCCUACCCGAACGUUCCUCGAAUAAUUGAGCGGCAUGCAGCGCUCACAUGCAAGCCUUUUGAAUUUGCCAAUAAUAGAUAAACCAAAGCUUCUGUUGUACUUGAGUACGUGUAUUUUAUAAUUUAAAAAAUAUUAAUAUUUUUAAUAAUAAAUUUUGUUGUUAAAAAUUAAUUUUUCUUUCUUGGAAAUUUAUAGUUUUAGCUUAAAAAUACUUUUAGCACAAACAUGUAAAUAUAUUUAAGUGCCAAAAUUAUACUGACUAUAAGUAGAGGUGGAUCUACAUAAACCCAGCAAGGCUUACAAAUUUAUACCAUAUUAUAGAUUAAAAAAUUAAAUGCUAUUUGUGUGUAAGUACUUAAUCAUAAUUCAUUAUUAAAUUAAUUAAAUUUAGUUUGUUAAAGUAGUUCGUUUUAGAUAUGUGAAUAAAUAAAAAAAACAUAAAUAUUUUUUGAAAAUAUUUUAGUUUAAUUUAACUUGGCUUGGCUUAUGCCAACUCCCUAGCCCAGCAGCCACAUUUAACCUCACCUAAAUGAAAUGAAGUGUAGAUAACGUAAGAUAUAAACUGGAUAGCUAGCAGUAAAUAAGAGAUAUCUGUAACUAACACUCUAAAUUA